AUGAUACUUGAUACUGGUGCACAGGGGCCACCUGGUAGUGGUGGUGCUGGGUCUCAGGGUCCUAAAGGUGUUGAAGGGGAUAUUGUAGCAUGAGGACCAAAAGGAGAUACCGGUUUUCAGGGUCCAAAAGGUGACAAAGGAGAUACCGGUCCUCAAGGUCCUAGGGGUGAUAAAGAUGGCAUUGGUGUUAGAAGUCGAAAAGGUGAUCAAGGGGACACUGGAGCACAAGGACCUAAGAGUGAUGAAGGUGAUACAGGACCACAGGGGCCAUCUGGUAGUGGUGAUUUUGCAGACCUUUUAACUGUUUUAUUAUUUCAUGGAACUCAGAUAAUCACAGGUACUUUGAAUAUGAACAGCGAAAACGUUGUUAAUCUAGGGGAUCCAUCAGGUGCAACAGAUGCCAAUAAUAAAAAGUAUGUUGACACCACCGAAAACAACAUACUGAAUGGCUCUAAGACUUUCCAGGGUGAUAUAGACAUGAAUAACAACGGUAUUAAGAACUUGCAUGCACCCACUUCAAAUACUGAUGCUGUUAAUAAGAUAUAGAGUGAGACAACAUACCAAAAAAAAGUGAUUAUAACCAAUUUAUGAGAUUGGGAAGUGGUAUUAGAUGGGAUGGUGAUGGUAAGACUAUUUAUGACCUCAUUAGAACACGAUAUGAUGAUGAAGCUGUAACCCUAGGGCAGAUGAAACACAUCACCGACAAGAGAAUAGAUAUGGACAAUCUAUUACCCCAAACAUUAAAAAGGAGGUUGUUAAUACCAGAUUAUGACAGCAGUGAUAACAGUGAUGAAGAUGUGAUUAACAAGAAAUAUAUUGACCGUAAAACUUUUACUUUAGACGUAUCAGAAGGUCUUGAUAUGAAAGACAAUAAGGUGAUUAAUUUAGCAGACCCAACAAGUGCAACAGAUGGAAGCAAUAAGAAGUAUGUUGAUACAGAAACAAGCAAUUACUUGAAAACCGAUGGUACAAGAGUAAUGAGUGGUAAUUUGAAUCUGAAGAGCAGAAGUAUAAUUAAUGUCAAACAAGCACAGGCAUAUGAAAGCACACAUGCACACAUUAAUAUCUGCGGGCCGCUGACG